GCUCACGAGCAGUACAUUUUUGUUGAAACGCAGGGGAUAAAGAACACAAGCGAGAGUAAAUAGGACGACGACAAACAAGUAGAAGCUAUAGAGAGAGAGGAAGAAUCUUUGUACUGCGAAAGUAAUAGCCGCGAAGCUCGUAGGGAUUUUAUAUAUAAAGCGGAGCUGCAAUCUUUGGGUCCGUCAACAAACACAAAAAGACGCAGAAUCUUGAUCGCACCGCACCAAAAACAAACCAAAAUCUAUCUGUAAACUUAGACCACGGCUAUAUAUUCGAUGGAUUCGGCUUGGUGCUGCGGCUCAAGAUGGAUCUCGUCUAUUCUCGUUGCCUUUGUUUUCUUCCAUGGACUUUCUUUCUCCCAACGAGUUCCCAAUUACACAUUCAUGCACCAUGCAACAACAGCUCCAAAUAUUUCCCACUACGACUACAUCAUCAUCGGCGGCGGCACCGCCGGCUGCCCCCUAGCCGCCACCCUCUCCCAAAACGCCUCCGUCCUCCUCCUCGAGCGCGGCGGCUCCCCUUACCGGAACGACAACAUCACCAACCUCUCCGCCUUCGGUGCUGCCCUCUCCGACCUCAGCGACUCCUCCCCCUCCCAACGCUUCAUCUCCGAAGACGGCGUUAUAAACGCACGCGCCCGAGUUCUAGGUGGUGGAAGCUGUCUCAAUGCAGGGUUCUACACACGCGCCGCCCCGAGCUACGUGAGCGCCGUGGGAUGGGAUGGAAAGCUGGCGAACGAGUCGUAUCGGUGGGUGGAGAAGGUGGUGGCGUUUGAGCCACCGAUGCUAGGGUGGCAAAGCGCGGUGAGAGAUGGGCUGAUGGAAGUUGGAGUGCUGCCGUUUAAUGGGUUUACUUAUGAUCAUAUGUAUGGGACUAAAGUUGGAGGGACUAUUUUCGACACUGAGGGGCAUAGACAUACUGCUGCUGAUUUGCUUCAGAAUGCUAACCCUAAUAAUCUUACUGUUCUUUUGCAUGCAGUGGUUCACAAGAUCUUGUUUAGGCACAAAGGAAAUUCAAGGCCAGUAGCCCAUGGAGUGAUAUUCAGAGAUGGAGCAGGGCAGAAGCACAAGGCCUAUUUGAAGAAAGGCCCAAAGAAUGAAGUCAUCAUCUCAGCUGGAGCACUAGGCAGCCCACAAAUACUUAUGUUGAGUGGCAUUGGUCCAUCAGCUCACCUCAGAGUUCAUAACAUCACAGUGAUUGUGAACAAUCCUUCUGUUGGCCAACAAAUGUCUGAUAAUCCGAUGAAUGCCGUCUUCGUCCCUUCUCCGAUCCCCGUCGAGGUUUCGCUCAUCCAAGUUGUCGGAAUCACUCGUUAUGGAACCUACAUUGAAGCUGCCAGUGGUGAGAAUUUCUCUGGCCCAAGGGACUAUGGCAUGUUUUCUCCUAAGAUUGGUCAGCUGUCAACAGUGCCACCAAAGCUAAGAACACAACAAGCAAUAGACCAAGCAGUGGAAAGCAUGGCAACUCUACCUGCAUCUGCAUUUGUUGGAGGAUUCAUCCUGGAAAAAAUCAUGGGACCUGUCUCAAGAGGCCAUCUCGAACUACAGACGAAAAAUCCGAACACGAAUCCGUCGGUAACAUUUAAUUACUUCAAAGAGCCAGAGGACUUGCAAAGAUGUGUUCAAGGAAUGAAUGUGAUCAAAAAUGUUAUAGAGUCAAGAGCCUUCUCCAGGUUCAAGUAUCCCUAUUUGUCAGCCCAACAGCUUCUUAACAUGACCGCGGCUGCACCAGUUAAUAUGUUGCCUAGGCAUGCAAAUGAUUCGACGUCAAUGGAACAGUUCUGCAAAGAUACAGUGAUGACCAUUUGGCAUUAUCAUGGAGGGUGCCAAGUUGGGAGUGUUGUUGACAGUGAUUAUAAGGUUCUUGGUGUCGAUGCUCUUCGGGUUAUUGAUGGCUCCACCUUUAAUUACUCUCCGGGAACCAAUCCUCAGGCCACAGUCAUGAUGCUUGGAAGGUACAUGGGAGUUAAAAUACUGCAGGAGCGACUGGGAAGUACUGAUACAACAAACUGAUGAUCAUCAGAGUUCAUAAUUUAAGUACUUUAUGUAAUGAUUCUUCAAAGAAAAAAAAACAAGAGGGACUAUGAAAAAAGUUUACAUGUAUUGAAAAAUCUUAUGGUUGAUGUGUGAA